AUGGCUGAGGCUCUUGCAGCCGAGUUUGGAGUUCAGUUGGCGUGCCAGCUGGGCUACAACAACUUGAUGUUGGAAGUGGACUGUUUAACCCUUGUGGAGAAGCUAGCUAAAUUGGAAGAAGUACAUACUGAGAUUGGCCUUAUUGGCAGGAGCAUAACCAACUAUCUAGGAGGUGAAGCAAUGAUUGAGGGCUGUAUCCGGCAUGUGAGGAGAGGGGCGAACAAUGCGGCACAUAUUAUGACCCAUAGUAAAACUCAUUGGGAUUCUAGGGAGGUCUGGCUAGAAAGGCCUCCGAUUUAUCUUGUUGACCAGCUAAAGCUGGAUGAUGUAACCAGUAUCAGUUCUUAA